AAUUGAAUGCAAUUCUCCCUAAUUUGAUUGUUUGCUGCGUCCAGGCUCAAUGUGUGAUUUUUCUGGCGAGCGUGAUAAGCGUUGUCGUUCCGCUUGUUUAUUCCGCAACGGUGACCGUAAGUUUGCGCUGAUUCCAAAAGUAGGUCAGUAGAUCAGUAGAGCAAAGUCACCCUUUCGACUCUUUAUGCAACGCUUAACUAUCUAUCACAUUUAUAGACACUUCUGCUUAGCAAGACCGUGUCGAUCUGUCAUAAUUCCAUUUGAAAUGAAAGCGUGAGGUUGCCUGCAGCAGUCUGAAAGACGGGCAAAAUCAAAUGAAUGUUAGCCUAGCUUUGUAGCAAGGCCUGUUUAUCGGAUCUCAAAAGUACCCAUUCGAGCUUUUUUUCCCUACCAUGUUAGGACUGGAUGUUGUCUUUUAAAUACCACUCAUGCUGACUUCAUAUUUAUUAUAUGUAUGUACACCAUCGAAUCAAAUGAUCAAUACAUCACGUUAAGGCGGCCAGUUUAAAGUUAACAAACCCCCAACACUUUGUGAUUAAAAUUCAUGAAAAAUCAUAAUUGUGUUUCAUAUCGCAGCUGGACAUACCUGCAUGUCAAAAAUGUAUUCACUGUCAAUUUUACACGCUAGGGUCUCACAUAAUUUUGUGACAGAUUUGUUUUUAUUUUGUACAGAAUGCACUUAAGUCAUAUUUUGACAUGCACUAAUAUAAAGAAUUUAAAUUGCAUUUUAAAUUUAUGGCAUAUUUCUAUUCUUCCGAUUUCCAGUUCCUGAUCGUAAAAAGGUUACAAAUGGGCGGCUUAUAAUAAAGGUGGUAUCGGCACCGAUAUUUGGUAUCGACUCUCGUUCAUAUCUAAUUUUGAUGAUGAAUCAGAUUUUUUUCAGUGAUUUUAAUUUAUAUCCCUGUAUUCAGAAACAUAAAAAAAAAAAACACAAACAUAAUCAGUCUGCAUUCAAGGAUGACUACAAAAAUCUAAGAAUACUUUUUGCUUGAGAGGCUGUUAUUUUUAGUAUAUGGACAAUUGUAAAUAAAACAGAGUAUCUAAACAACUCUAUGACCAUAAAAAAAUAAAAAUAGCAGUUGAUUGGAUCAGUCGCUGCACUGUGAGUCAAUACACUGAGGAUUUUUGUAUAAACUAACAAAGUGAGUUUUUGCGGUUGGAGACAGCAGAUAUUCAAGAUUCAAGAGUUUUUUAUUCGCCAUGUUUGAGCGUGCCAAACAAGGAAUUUGACUGGAAUUUACAUGGGAGGUUGAUUCCAAAAUAUGACUUCAGUAGAGCAGAUGUUCAUUCUUGGUUAUGAGCUAUAUAUGUAGAGACCAGAAUUAUGCAUGUAGGGAUGCCCAAUCAUUUCUAUAACCUAGUUCUCAAGCAGAUGAUCUUUUAAUUACUAUUUGGGUCACAGCGUGGAAAAGAGCUAAAAAUAGAGGUCAUGGAUUUCGCCUGCAUUUGGUUUAUCUCGUGCCGUUCUCUUAUUUGAGCCUUACUAGGUUGCCAAAUGCAUGCAUUUAUUUGGGGGAGGGUGAUCCAGUAACAUUGAAACAAGUCCUUAUGCGACGCUUAUUAUACUCGAUUGCAAUGUCAUAAAAUCUAAACAUGUAUGAAGGCUGUGUGAACAAAUAUUUUAGAAAACCGAACCUCUUAGCCAUUCUAGACGCAUUUGCAGAAAGGGCAAUAGAUUAUUAGGGGUAUGUAAUAUUAAUCUCUGACAUUUAAACAUUAACUAUAAUAUGUCAAAACUAUUUUAGCAUCACAAUCAUCAUAACAAUUGUGUUUACCACUGCAGCCUCUGCCUCCAAAGUUCCUGAACCUACUCCCACUAUACAAUUUGUGAUAGAUACCCCACACUUUGGAAAUCCCUGCCAUAGAAGAUUGCUGGAUGGAUGGCUUUGUGGGGAAAGAUUCAUCUGUGUUGAAGAGAUGAUGUGCUGGUUGAGGAAACCCAAAUGAACUGCAUCCCUCUACCCAGCCUGAUGAAUCCAUCCUCGAUGGUUGGCAUGUCUUUGAGCAUGGAAAUGCCCCGGAAGCGAAAGGGCAGUGUGGACAACCAGGAAACAAGAUUGACCCCCAUCCUCAAUGCAGAUAUGGAAGAGGAUCAAAACGACACAGAUGGAGAGGAUCAACAUGCCAAAAUGAAAUGUUUCAGGGAGCCACACAGCCAAAUAGAAAAACGAAGGCGGGACAAAAUGAACACGCUCAUUGACAAGCUGUCAGACUUGAUUCCAACAUGUAACCCAAUGUCUCGGAAGCUGGACAAACUCACUGUGCUCAGAAUGGCCGUUCAGCACCUCAAAUCCCUCAGAGGUUCUGCAAGCUCUUUUUCUGACACCAACUAUAAACCGUCAUUCCUGCCUGAUGAGGAGCUCCAACACCUUAUCUUAAAGGCUGCGGAUGGGUUCCUGUUUGUAGUCGGCUGUGAUCGUGGGAAAAUUGUUUUUGUCUCUGAGUCCAUCACGAAGAUAUUAAAUUAUAGUCGGGUGGAACUGAUUGGACAGAGCUUCUUUGAUUAUGUCCACCCUAAAGACAUAGGCAAAGUAAAGGAGCAGCUGUCGGCUUCUGAACUGUACCCACGGGAACGGCUAAUAGAUGCAAAAACUGGUUUGCAGGUGCAGGCUGACCUUCCAGUGGGCGCAGCACGAUUGUGUUCAGGUGCACGGCGCUCCUUCUUCUGUCGCAUGAAGUGCAACAAAAACCUCAAAGUUGAGGAGAAGGAAUUGCAAGCCAGCACGUCCAAAAAGAAAGAGACGCAGAAAUACUGCACAGUCCACUGUACAGGCUACAUGCGUAGCUGGCACUCCAGUCAGCUGGAAGCAGAGGGCCAGUGCGACGCAGAUAAGCAGGAUAGCUCUCACUUCAGCUGUCUGGUCGCCGUGGGGCGCAUCCACUCCAACUCGUCCCCGCAAGUUAAUGGAGCUUUCCGGGUCAAACCCACAGAGUUCGUCACGCGCUAUACCAUGGAUGGCAAGUUUACUUUUGUUGAUCAAAGAGCAACAACCAUUCUUGGUUACCUUCCCCAAGAAUUGCUCGGUACUUCAUGCUACGAGUACUUCCAUCAAGACGACUUAGCGCAUUUAGCUGACUGUCAUCGAAAAGUGCUACGAAGUAAGGAGAAAAUAGACACGAACCGCUAUAAGUUUAAAACAAAAUAUGGCUCUUUUGUCACGCUGCAAAGUCAGUGGUUUAGUUUUGUCAACCCAUGGACCAAAGAAGUUGAAUACAUCGUGUCAACAAAUACAGUCAUAUUGAAUGAUCACAGUCAAACAAGUCGGUCAGGGAACAAGACUGAAGAGUCUUCUAAGGCUGUCGCAGAAGAUGGAAAGAAAUCUCUUCCAAUAAUACCAGGCAUCUCUACCACACCUGGUACAAUGAUAUACGCUGGAACCAUUGGGACUCAGAUUGCCAAUGAGCUGCUUGACUUUAAUAGAAUGAACUCAUCACCCUCCAGUGGUAAUGUGAGCCCAUUUAGUCUGCCACUCGACAAAUCUCCACUCGCCACGACUCAUCACCAAGUCAACCACAAUGUGAGUGUCAACAACAAUGUGCCAAAUGGGGAUGUGACAGAGGAGGAGAUGCCAGAAAAGUCCAACUCAGAAGAUGAGCUUCAGGGGGCGCCUAUUCCUGGAAGGGAGACACUAAUGGAGGACAGCUCACAGCUAGACCUGGACAGCAUGGUUGAACCGGGCCUCGGCGGUCUUAGUAAUGACGAAGCAGCGAUGGCAGUGAUCAUGAGACUCCUGGAGACAGACUCCAACUUGGGUGAAGGCGAGGACUUUGAAGAGAUGCACUGGUCCUUAUAGAGUCCGCAGUUGAAAGCCGAGACAGUGACAGAAAUGCUCUGUCAGGCUGUGUUUGAUUUAUGAAUCAAUCCUACUAUAAGCUAUGAGAACGACUCUUCUUAAAAGGCAACGGUGUCGCCAAAGAGACUGGCUUUUCUCGGGAGGAUCUACAUGUGCCUCCAAAACCUUACUGCAAUCUGCCUGCCAUGGAAAAAUGAUAAUUUACUGCUUAAUGAGGCAAAUCUGUUGUCAUUAAGACCAUUGUUGAGACAAACAGUGGUUUGGGAGUUCCGCUUAUGUUUUCCACCUACACUUGAACACAGGAUGAGAGUGAUGCAAAAAAUGCACUGAACUGCCCCCCUUCCCUUUUUUGUGUUCCAUCGAACUCUGAUGAAAAAGGAGCAAUUCUACUCCUGUUGGUGAACCUCCCCCUUCCCACUUUUGCCUCAGAGCACGUUUUUGUCCCUGUUGGUUUGUGAACAUUGCAUUACCCGCAUGUGCAAUUCAUAAUACCACUUCAAUAGACAUUAAGAGACGACGGCUCAGCAAUCACCUCAUAUCUGUCUUAUUAAUGCUAUGAUCUAGUUUAUUUUUCAAGUGUAUCAGUAUAAAAGGCGAAUACUCAGGACUGAUGGGGGGUGAAAAAUAGCCACCCACUAUUAACGUAAAGUCACGCAGUUCUUAGCAGCUGUAGCAGUAUUUAACAAUUUACAUUAUGCCCUUACAUACUUAAACUUGAAACGUGUUAUUGUUAUGUUCACAUGUGCAACUGUUGGUCUGAUUUAUAAUAAGGUUUUUAUCAGUGGCAGUCAUCUAUUCAGAGAUUUAAGGGAUUAUUUUACGUACUAGUCAUCAUGCAUUCCACAAAUGUUUAUGAUACACGUACAUUUCUGUUGCUGUACUUUGACCUGACAUUUGAAUGAGAGUCUGUCAGUCGGCGUUACCUCAUGUUUAGUCCACAGUUGACACACUACACAGGAAUAUGUAAAUAUAGAUAUGUAUAUAUAGAUAUAUAAGUAUAUAUAAAAUAUAUGUAUGUAUGUAUGUAUAUAUAGAUAUAUGUGUGUGUGUAUAUGUGUGUGUGUAUGUAUAUAUAUUAAUAUACUAUAUACAUACAUAUAUAUAUAUACAUACAUACAUAUAUGUAAAUAAAUGUACAUAUAUAAUAUAUAUACGUAUUUUAUAUAUAUAGAUAGAUAGAUAUAGUGGAGGAAAUACGUAUUUGAUCUCUAACUAAUGUUGUGAGGUUGCCCUCUGACAAAGAAGUGAACAGUAUAUAAUUUUAAAGGUAGGGUUGUUUUUUUUAACAAUGAGAGACAGCAUAUAGAAAAGAAAAUGCAGAAAACCACAUUAUAUAAAGGAUAUAAAUAGAUUUGCUAGAUUUGCAUUUCAUUGAGGUAAAUAAGUAUUUGAUCCCCUGCCAACCGUUAACAAUUCUGACUCCCACAGACUGCAGACUGUCACCUGCAGCAAAGAUAUGUGUAUGUAAUAUCUUGUAUAUCUGUUAAAACCUGAGAUUUGGCAAAAGGUUCAAGGGGGCUUUUAUAUACAAUCUAAUACUUCUGCAAGCCACUGUUUGUUAGAAAUUCACCCAUAGUGUUUGUAUACAAUUCAGUCACCGAAACCAACACGGCCAAAGACUGAGUACCAGCCGAGCUAUAUAUUAUAAUUCCAUGUAUCCUUACUGUCAUUGUUCCUACUGCUAUCCUUUUGGGACUGUUGCAGGUUUUAUUAUUACUUAUUUAUAAUUGAUGAAUAAUUCUGUGUCGUAUGCUCAAAAUACAAGGGGCCCACAGAUUAAGGCUCUGAACUCGUGGACACUCUUGCUUCUGUCCAAAGUGCCUUUGGACAUUUCCACUUUAACAUGCAAUAAGCCGAUCUGUUUUAUUUUCACGUGUGACAUCUCAGCUGACUGGAAAUAGGGCUACUGGUGUGAUGUUUAAAUACAGAGCUGCAUUUGACUUGACACUGUCACGAUUUGAAUAAAGCAGACGCCGUGAUCGCAGCUUUGGUAUUAACUACCUGACCAUUAACUACCUGGAGAGCAGGGCAGUUUUUCCGCCGAUGCUAGUUAAGCUCGUUAGUUUCUACACAUUACGUGGGUUGUUGUAGCUCUACAUUUUCCCAUUCUUGUCACGCUCCACUUCAGCUUCUUUUGUGAGUGAGACGCCGUCCAGGAAGGGUUCAUGUUUUACCUCAUAGAUUUUGUUCGCUAGUGUUUUGAGUUUAUGUUUUUCUUUUCUCUUUCCUGUCGCAUGGCUCCUUAUAUGAUGCCAUGAUUGACAUUCAUACACCUGACUACCCAUGCACAGGAAGUUUAAGCUUGAAUUUGACAUUUGUAAAACAUGGUGUACUGUUUUCAGCCACGUCCUGCCACUUACUCUUUCGUGUUUGGCUCAAGAGAAAGCCCGUACUGUAUUUGUCUAUGGCAUAUUGCUGCUACAAUUAACAAGUGUGGCAUGUCUCACCAGGCAGUCUUGUUAAUAAAUGGUAGUUUCAUUAACUCAAGUUAAUUAAAAUGCCAAUGGGGUCAUGUUGGCCCAACAUGACCCCAUGUGCAUUUUUUUCUCAGAAACUGUCAAUUAGAUGUUCAAUGUAUAACUACUACUAGAAGUAUUCUAAGCUUUGAACGAGAAUUGCAACAAUUGUCAACUAAUCAAUGAGCAAAUGAAUCAUUUUUUUGUAUCAAAUUUUAAUCAAUUAAUCGUUAGCGUUUUUUAAUAGUACAAUUCCUUAGAAUUUUACCUUAUCAAUAGUAUAUAUUCUCAGAUUUUUGUUGUCCCUCAUGUAUCCAUGAUCAUCUUUGUGUUGAAUUUUUGGUUUAUACAUUGAAAUACAAGUUUUUACCUAUUUUACUGACUUGUUCCAUCCAAAUCUGUGAGUGAAUCAUAAAACAUUUACGCAUUUUUCUACACUGUGAAUGUGAGAUAAUGCAUUUUCAAUAAAGCGUAAAUUAUAA